AUUUGCUAAUUUGCGCUGUCAUAUUUUCCAACGCGACAAUUGUAAGAAUUUUGGAAAUGUUUCACUAUGAGACAGAUCAAGUUUAACGCAUUUUUGAAUCGCAAUUUUGGGAGAUUCCGCUAACCUGUUAUGACCUAAUCACAAAAUAUUUCUUUUUUUCUGAGUUUAGAAAUUCUACUGUGAGUCUUAUCUUUGAACGAAUUAUAGAAUCCGAUGUCGCCAGCUCUAACGUAUGGAGUCAAUCCUCCUGGAAUAACGGCCGAACUGAUUUUUAGUCCUUGAAAUCGUUAGAAAUGGAAUCCCACGCAAGCCUUUCCUGAGAUUAGCCUACGACGCGCAGAAAUAUAUGCUACAUCACGAUGUCAGUAAUACUUUGCUUCGAUAUACAACCCAUAUGCCAUAUUUUUUUGCCCUUAAUUAUCACCCGUGGAGUCUCUUUAAUGUCAUCGACUUUGACGGCGAGCACAACAGGUCUUAUCAUCCAGGCGAAUCCAGUGAUUUUCUGCAGAACGUGAUGUACUUCAGUUGUAAACGGAGAAAUGAGUACAAAUGAUAAUCGAUUGUACUCCAAUCAUUGCAAUCCGUUCAUUGGCAAAAAGUGAAGCGAUGCAAUUUUUUGUUUGGGAUAGUUUUCAUUAAACGUAUGAAAUGCAACUCUGAGUCCAAAAUGGGAAUAAAGGAUCAUCUCUGUCUUAUCAAGCAAUGUCUUGUUAAAAAAACUUAAUCAUUGACAUACUUUGUGUGAUCAUUGAUGCAUGUACAUAAGUUGACAUCGCAAAAUCCAAGCAAUU